AUGAUAGAAAAAUCUUUCAAAUCUCAGAUCCACCGAACCGUCCAGGAACAUAAAUUGCAGAAGAGCGCAGACCCUGCGGUCGCAGCAACUGACCCAUUGGAAAAUUACAUCUCCAUUGCCCGUCAAUUACUCGGCCCCGAUCCCCUCACCCCACCUAUCUCCAUUGACAUGUUCGGCAAUGUGCCUGAAUUGUCGAGUGAUUGGGAUCCGGGCGACCAUGAAUGUUCGCAAGGCAAGGAGGUCGUCGAUGUUCCGACUACACGGUUUCGAAAUGCGCUGCUAAAGAGCUACUUGUUAUGGGUCCAUCCCCAGCUCCCUAUCUUAGAAGCGGACAGCUCCUAUGUGGAAUUGCGAUAA